GGAAGAGAGGGGGAUAGUAAGAGAGGGGGAUAGGUAGUAGCAAUCCUGCUUUGGCGUUUGCUGCUUGAACUUGAAGUUGCAGUCUGCUUGAACUUGAAGUUGAAGUUGGAAGCGCUCAAGCGCUGAGUUGUCAAACUUCGCUUGAAGUUGCAGGAGCCUGCAUUUGUGCUCAAGAAAGUCUGCCCAGCUGAGUUGAUGCGCAGGUUGUACAGGGCGUUUUGUGCAGAGCAAGUCAAGUUUGGUGAACAUCGUGGAUUGUCUAGACUACAUUAGUUUUCUCCAUCCCUGGGUUUCUCACGGUGAACAUAUCUCUCCGCCUUCUCAGAGCGCUGCGAUGCAAAGCACUCUUCAGAGUUCCAGUGCUUAUUUGCACAGCCUUCCGUCAAGGGGCCUGACUAUCCGCCCUGCAAUCAGUGAGGCGCAAUGUGGACCUGCAAUCAUGCCCGGAUGCACGAGCUCUUCCCUUCGCAAUCCCCAAGCCCACUUCUCGACACCUAGAUACUCCGAUAGAACUUUGGCCAAUGUUUUGGAGCCAGAGUUUAUGAGUUGCAGGCAUACUUGGGUGGGCAGGAAAGCGAGCAGUUUGCCUGUAAAGCGCGUUGGCCGGAGGGCCUUGCCGGGAGCUCGGGCGUCAGCGGCCGGGGCUGCGUUGCCUGCUGCGGAUGAGAAGUGGGCCCUCUACGAGGCCCUGGGAAUCGCAAGGGACGUGGGCCUGGGGGAGGUGAAGUCAGCCUACCGGCAGCUGGCCCGGAGGUACCAUCCUGACGUCUGCCCGGCAGAGGAGAAGACGGCAUGCGUUAUCAAGUUUAUCGAGAUCCAAAAUGCGUACGAGGUAUUGUUGGACCCUGCUCAGCGAGCGAUGUACGACUACGAGCAGACGCACUACACCAAGGCCCGGAGAAAUGCAAGCGGAAUCGGCCGGCCCUGGGAGAAGAAGCGGCGGCCCUGGGAAAACUUUGGUGUGCACGACUGGCAGUCUGGAGCCGAGAAGGAGGAGACACUACGGGAUUGGCGCUCGGGGUGGAAUGAUCAACUUUCAGGUUUGAAGCAAAGAGCGGCCGCAAAGGCAGCCAAGGCGCAAUGGGAGAGGCAGGAGCAGCAUGUUUCGAUGAGCGAUCCCCCGAGGGAGCGCUCUUUCCAUGACACCGAGCAACCUGCGUACUCGGAGUUCGCCUCCUGACCAGAAACGCUUUCCUUCUUGUCCUAUGCCACGUUAGGUGGCUGCUUGUGCAAACGCUAGUUGUAUCUUUGUAGGGCCCGCAAAGUGUUGAUUGUACAGUAAGUGUCGAGAAGCGUCUUCGCACUUACCAGUUUUAGAGCGUGUGACCGUUUGUAAAAAGUUGGUUUCAGUGUCAAAAACUAAAAAGACUUGUACAGACCUGACUAGCUUAGUAUGCACAGAACUUCGACAGGACCUCAGCACAGAGGUCGAAAGAGUUGUAAUUUCACGGUACUAACGCAUGCAAAGCUGCCAUCAAGCUCGUUGUUUAGUACGUCAUCUCAAUGAGGCGCCAGGUUUAUGCGUCAGAACCAUUUCAAUGUCGUG